AUGAACAAAAUCAUUGAUAUAGUGUUGAAGAACCUUUGUAAUGAUCAUAGAAGAAAUCUUAUGAAGCAAGAAAUUUACAAGUUAUUUAUUAGUCAAUGUAAAAAUGUUAAAUAUUUAUAUUGGGAAACUUGUCAACCUUUAACUUUAUUUCCAAGAGCAUCAAUUUUCUUCUCUCAACUCUAUAAGUUAGAUAUUGAUAUUGGUUAUGUGAAUUCUGAUGCUCUUUAUGAGCUAGCACAAAUUUGUAAAGAUUUAAAUACUUUAUCUAUCAAAAGUUGUUCUCAGGAAUUUAAAAAACUAAUUCUUGAUACUAAGGUUGAUGAAAAGACUGGCAAAGAGCUAAGCAAAGCAUUAGCAAGAAAUAGAACUACUAUAAAUAAUCUUCAUCUAAGCUCAAUUGAUAAUAUUGUACUUUCACCUUUAACAAUACUUGUUUCUUUAUUAAUUGAAAAAACUAUGGGAAAUAUUUCAAAAAUUGAUAUUUGUUCUAUCAAUAAAACUGCUAAAGAAGCAGGAAUUCUAAUUAAAGCAAUUGCUGAUAAUUGCCCAAAGAUUAAUUAUUUACGUACAUAUAUUGGAUCUAAAGAUUUUAUUCAUGUUAAAACAUUAUUAUUAAAUUGUAGAUUUUUAAAAACAAUAGAUUUAAAAAGUUUAGAUUUUUUUAUAAAUGAAAAUGAUAAUAAUAUAGGAGAUGAAUUAUUAAAUAUUUUUAUCUCAUUUUCUCCAAAGUGGAUUAUGGAAGUAUUCAAUUGA